CUCUGCGCCCCGCGGCGCCCCCCGGUCCCGCCCGCCAUGCCCGGCCCGGCCGCGGGCAGCAGGGCCCGGGUCUACGCCGAAGUGAACAGCCUGAGGAGCCGCGAUUACUGGGACUACGAGGCUCACGUCCCGAGCUGGGGUAAUCAAGAUGAUUACCAACUGGUUCGAAAACUUGGUCGGGGAAAGUAUAGCGAAGUAUUUGAGGCCAUUAACAUCACCAACAAUGAGAGAGUGGUUGUAAAAAUUCUGAAGCCAGUGAAGAAAAAGAAGAUAAAACGAGAGGUUAAGAUUCUGGAGAACCUUCGUGGUGGAACAAAUAUCAUUAAGUUGAUUGACACUGUAAAGGACCCUGUGUCAAAGACACCAGCUUUGGUAUUUGAAUAUAUCAAUAAUACAGAUUUUAAGCAACUCUACCAGAUCCUCACAGACUUUGAUAUCCGGUUUUAUAUGUAUGAACUACUUAAAGCUCUGGAUUACUGCCACAGCAAGGGAAUCAUGCACAGGGAUGUGAAACCUCACAAUGUCAUGAUAGAUCACCAACAGAAAAAGCUAAGACUGAUAGACUGGGGCCUGGCAGAGUUCUAUCAUCCUGCUCAGGAGUAUAAUGUUCGUGUAGCCUCAAGGUAUUUCAAGGGACCAGAGCUCCUUGUGGACUAUCAGAUGUAUGAUUACAGCUUGGACAUGUGGAGUUUGGGCUGCAUGCUGGCGAGCAUGAUCUUCCGGAAGGAGCCUUUCUUCCACGGGCAGGACAACUAUGACCAGCUUGUUCGGAUUGCCAAGGUUCUGGGUACCGAUGAGCUGUAUGGGUAUCUGAAGAAGUAUCACAUAGACCUAGAUCCACACUUCAAUGAUAUCCUGGGACAACAUUCCCGGAAACGCUGGGAGAACUUUAUCCAUAGUGAAAACAGACACCUUGUCAGCCCUGAGGCCCUAGAUCUUCUGGACAAACUCCUGCGAUACGACCAUCAACAGAGGCUGACCGCUAAAGAGGCCAUGGAGCACCCGUACUUCUACCCUGUGGUGAAGGAGCAGUCCCAGCCUUGUGCAGAUAAUGCUGUGCUCUCCAGUGGUCUCACGGCAGCACGAUGAAGACGGGAGAGCGACGGGUAAUUUGGCAUUGAUGCUUGCCAAUAAAACCAACCAACCCAACACAAAUCUUGAAGGAAAACUACAGUGUGAUAAAAAGAAAUUCCAAUCAUUCCUUCUAAAAAGAAGAGUAAAGACCUAAAAGCCUGUCAAAAAGAAAGCAACUCCCCAGUACUAGUCGGCAGGGAGCUGCCGUUGCGGCCUGGCCCUGCACGUAGUUCAGGAUCUGAGGGCACUCUGCCUCUGGAAUGCAUGGGAGAUGAGAAACUCGGAGUUGUUGUACAUUUCCCUUAUUUCACAGGACAGCACUGUGGAAUUAACCCGUGCAAUCAACAAGCUCUGAAUAUCUGACUUCCUAUCUAUUCCAUUGUGGUCUGGGUUUCCUUUGACGAGAAUUCAGGCUCCAGUUUUAGCAAACGUCAGCAGUCUGUACUGACACACCAGCCUCAUAGACAAGAAAGAGAUAUUAAAACAGUGACAGUAUUUUUUUUAACUCUUUUACAAAUCCAUGUUUUAUGUAUUUUUUUUUUAUGACAUGAGCUCUCCAGGAAAUGUCUCCCAUCCCUGCAGUCUUGCUCUACAUGUGCUGUUCAUCACUUGCUUUCACAAGAGCCCUCUCUGGUGUCAGAAGGCAUCACUUAAAAUCUGAUGCCGUGAGCAGGUCUGUGGGUCUCAAAAGUUCCAUGCCGAGUGCGUCACUGGGAGCGCACUGUAACACUUGUGGAUUUCCCUAACCAUAAAAUCUUGUUGCUAUUUUUUUUGUUGUUUGGCUUUUUUUUCCCCACAGCCUUCUAAGGAAGGAAAACCUCCCCAUUCCCAGCACGUCCCAGUGUGUACACCUAUUUUAAUGCAUCUGUGAAACAAAGCCCUUUUUGUUCAGAACCAUAACUAAAACUGGAAAGUCAGUUUUCAGGCAGAUCGGGGGAAGAGAAAAAUAUCCUGUUAGAAUUUUUCAGGAAAGACUUAACUGAAAAAAAAAUGUACUGCCAAUUCCUACCCCCUUUUCCUUUUUACCCCUACGAGAAAGUUUCUGGCUGUAAUCGGGGUACUGUGCAUUUGUCAGCUCUGAUGUGUGAUACGUGAAUGUGAUGGCGAUGAUCAGUCUUUCUGGCAUGAAGGUACUGGUGUUGUGUGGGCAAGGCCAUCCCAUAACUAAGGCGCCUGAGAGGAGACGCAUGUACAGGGGCUUGGGGAAGGAGGGAGUGGCCCUGGGGCAAGUGUUAAAGCUUUUGUUUGAUUCACCGUGCUAACUCAACCUUCAAGUUAGCAAAGAAAGUAGACUUUGUUUUAAAAAAGUGAUGGGGCUGAUAGCAUUUGGGGGCUUACCUUUCCGUCAGCAUGGCUUGCCAUUGGUCCCUUUGCCCCAGCUGCAGAGCCGUAUUGCAGCUCUGGGGACCUAACACCUAGGCUAGAGCUAGUGCUAGAGGUGUUCCCCUAGUCACACUCUAGGACUUCUCUAUUAACCAUUCAAUAAUGCCAUACAUUUUUAUAAGGUUAGAUUGUUUGAAACAUCUGUUUACAUUCCAUAUUCAAAUAAAAUCGUAUUGGUAGCAGGUCCUAUCUCUAAAUGUAGAUUCUAUUUUUGUUGUUUGGUUUAUGGAAACUUAAAAUGCAAAUGAAACUCUUCUCUUACUGUAGAGUUGAGUUUACGGAUUAAAAAAUAUAAAAUCCCGAAGCCAGGAAGUACAUUGUUAAGGUUCUCAUAUCAUUGCUGCCUGACAGCCUUGCACAUUCUGAAUAUUAACGUAAACAUUUGUUCUACCUGCAAAUCAAAAAUGAGAUGGGCGCUCUCGGCUGAACCUGCCGAUACGUGUCAGGCAGCCAGACUCGGCGCUUUGGGGAUCAGAAGCCUUCAGGUGCGCGCACAGGCACCGGGUAUCUUUCCUGCUCCCCUGCCUCCUGUCUCCUUUAGCACCUCCUCCCCUCCCCCCUGCAUUUUUUAUUUUGCAAGUUGUCUGGACCAGGCAGGAGCCUACUCAGGAGGUCUUGGGGAAGCAGUAACCCUUUCUGUCCCCUGCUCCCCCUGCCCACAUAGGUCCCCAGAAGCAGUAAAGGCAUCUGGAGAAGCAGAGUGACUUCCUCCUCCCCUCUCCUUUGGCCAUGACAUUGGCGCAGACACAGCCAAGCUGCUCGGCCUUGGUUCUGUAACUGCAGCUGUGACACAGGAGUGGUUCUUCCUUGUUCAGGAGAGUUUACUUCUCUAGCACCUGUUCUUUCGACCUCUCAUCAUGCCUUAGACCUAGAGCGUAACUGGGUGUGAAAUGCUCACUCCCUCCCCGGUCUGGUCUUCACAGCUAGGCCGGCCUUCCCCAGAAUGAAGGGAGUCUAAUCCAGGCUUUCCCUUUUACCUGUCUGCAAAACCAUUUUGUCUCCAGAUGAACCCAGCUCCCCUGAGAUUUUAUAGGGUUUAACUGGGUUAGGUAGCCUUCAGAACUUCCAAAAGGAUGUGUGGAGGGGUGUGGGUGUGGGUGUGGUGUGUGUGUGUGUGGGUGUGUGUGUGUGAGAGAGAGAGAGAGAGAAAGAGACUGGGAGUGGAAGUCUAGUCUUAUUUUUAGACUAAACUAUGGUGAAUUUACCCACUCAUUAUCCAGUUCAGUUCAUAUUUUCUUAAGCUCAUCUCAGUAAUUGUUGUUUGCUUCGUUACCUUAUAACAGGUUAAAGUGCCUAUGAUAAGGACUUAAUUAUUUCCUAAAGAAAAGCAAAAAACAUGGGGAACAGGGUAGUGUUACACUGUCAUCUCAGGUACUGCCUAUGUUCAAGAACAUAGAGCUGGCAGGGUAAGAACAGAAGGUUCCCGUGCCUAAUCCAGAUGGGUGGAGCGCUGCUGGCUGGCCACAGGCGAGCACAACUGCAAGGUUUGCUUCAGUGGCGAAACCCACAGUGUGAGCGGAACUGGGCCGCGCUCCGUGCCAUGUGCAUCUGUGGCAGUUCGUGCUCCCCUGGGUCCCGUCAGCUGGCCUUGCUCCUGUCCCCUCUCCAGGUAGGGAGAAACUGUUGAGUACGUAAGGCAGACCAAGCAUCCCGGGUGUUUUACCCAUUAGAGAAGUGCCAGUGCUGGCCUGGGGAGGCCCCAGACAUUGUCCAGUGCACCCGUACGCACAGUGCAUUCUCCAGCACACAGGAAGGUACUCGGACUGCUUGAUGAGAGACCGAGGAGAGCACCUAAUCCCUGGGUGUGGAGAGUGACCGAGAGCGGGUCUAGGUAAAAGGAACCAGUAAAAGAAACCUGAAAGCAGAGCUCGAGGAGGAAACACUUCCUGUGGGGCUAAAAUUAGAAGGCCCCGAGUACAUGUCCUGGAACACCCCUGCCCCCGGAGUGGUUCCAGUGGGACUGGAAGGUGGUGCUCAAGAGUCAGGUGCUGAGUCCCAGAGGGGGACCUGGGUGCUGUGGGUCUGUGCUACUCAGGGAAAUGGCUUAGGUUCUCCCAGGUGCUGCAGUGAUGAGGAGAGAAGCAAAACUAUGUGGGGACACAAGCGACAGCUGCAGGAAUUUUUAUAUAUGCAUUGAUGUAACUCAAGAGAGCCCAGGUAACAGUUUCCUUUAAUGCCAGUUCAGAUUAGAUGAUUUAUUUAGGAACUUGUGUUACUUCAUGGACACCCACAGGGAAAGGCAAACUUCCCUCCUACAAAUGAAUGAGUGGAUAACUGACAAGAGUCGCCAUCAUUUAAACUGAAACCCUUCCGACAGCAAGAGCAGACAGGGGCCACACGAGCACACGGAGAAGCCAAAGUUGAAUGAAUUAAACUUUUUAAAGCAAGUGAGCUUAAUGAAUUGAAACUGGGUAAUGUCCUGCCUUUUAAAAGUUAGCUCAAGAACGGGGUAGGAAGGAGGGCAGGUGGCAGGGAAACAUCGGGACCAGAGAACAGGUGGUGCGGUUUUGAGCUGUGUGGAUGUUAGCGACCACACUCCCAGCCAGGCGUUGUAGAGGCUGGCGGGAAAGGAGAUGGGGUUGUGCAGGUGAUACCUCCGUCUGUGUUGAGACUCAACAGUGUGCUACAAAUGUGAUACUUAACCCUGAACUGCAUGUAUUGGGGAUUGUUUUUAAAAAAGAAAAAGAACUUUGAAUCAAUAAAUUAACAGUUUUUCACUUGCUGGCUCUUCUUGCUGUAAAUGAUAACUAACAAGAGUUUGGGACAGAAAUCUUGACACCCAGUGGAAAGUUCGGAUAAUCUUCAAGAACCAUGGAGCCUUCUGUUGGCAGAAGAGCCACACUGCGUGGGUUGUGAUCCUUUACAAGUGACUACUUGAGACACCGUUGGCCGCCUCUUUGUAUCCCUGGACGACCGAUGUGUGACCUCUGUGCUGCUGCCCUUAGAGGGAAGAAAAAUGCCAUGUUAAAUCCUGUUUUCAUAAAUAAAAAUGUUGACAAUAACUGGCCUUCCCAAGUGAAAGACAAACUGU